UAAAAGAGGUACGAAUCAUGACGGGCUCUUUAAAGAAAGAUGGAACAGCGAGAAGCACUGAAGUAGCACGUACAGCUGUAUAUAUGCGUUCAAACCGGGCGGCUUGAUUUCCACCAUAUUUGAAUGGAGUGGCCGUCACUGCACCUUAAGGCAGACUGCAAAGAAUGCCUGGCAAGUGAUUAUGGAAACCAUACAGAAAACGGUAAAAAUGUACAUGUGCAAUUUAACCAACUGUUACAAGCACUAGCAGUGCCUCCAUCUUUUACAGUGUUUCGUGUAAACACUUUAGCUUCAUGUUCAACUGAAGAGAUCAAAGUCCAGUUGGAGGAUGAAAUUAAUCAGCAAUAUGCCAGCAGAGGGCAGCACCGUGCAGUGGUGGAGUCACAUGACACACUGCCAGAUGUUCUCUAUGUGAAGAACUCUGGGCCACAUUUGAAUCUAAAAAAUAGUGCUAAAGCUGUUAUCGUGGGUCUCCAGUGUGGUAUGUCAGUGUUGAGGGGAUCAGAUGUGUUUGCUCAGGGAAUUAUGGGAGCACCUGCAGAUAUGCAGAGUGGAGACUUGGUGUCUGUGUAUGCAGAUAUAGAGGGUGCCUGCAAGAAAGGACUGAAGGAUGAUUUUGAGGGACAGAAACAUUUUGUGGGCAACGGAAUAGCUAGGAUCAGUAGACAUUCCUUGUUUAAGUCAGAAACACCGGCAAAAGGAGUUGGCAUAGAAAUGACAAGUCCUGUAUAUGUGGCGCCAUCUUUAUCUGAUAUUCUUCCAAGUGUAGUGUUUCCCCAGAAUCUUCCGUCUGUCAUCUGCAGUCAUGUGUUGGAUCCUGAGCCAAACGACUGCGUGCUGGACAUGUGUGCUGCUCCAGGGGGUAAAACCACACACAUUGCCACUCUGAUGAGAGACCAGGGUCUGGUGAUAGCUUUUGACAAGGGACAGAACAGAGUAGAGAGAAUACAGUCCAAUGCUUCCAAGUGGAACCUGAAGUCUGUCAGGGCAUUUCCUUAUGAUGCUACCAAGAGCUGUGCAAUAGAUGCAGAUGGUGAUCCUUUCCCUCCGUUUCCCCCUGAAUAUUUUGACCGUGUUCUGCUAGACGCACCUUGCAGUGGUCUGGGGCAGAGGCCGUCAGUGUUCAACAAAAUGUCUGCCAGGGAACUCAGCUCAUAUCCUCCAUUACAGAGGAAACUUCUGGCUCAGGCCGUGCAUUUGUUAAAGGUUGGCGGAGUCCUGGUCUAUAGCACUUGUACAGUGACACAUGGGGAGAAUGAGCGACAGGUGGAAUGGCUGCUGAGAGAGUAUCCAUGUGUGAAGUUAGCCAAACAGGAUCCUCAUCUUGGAGGAACAGGUGCUCACUUCCCAGACUCCCAGCUUUCAGAGGAGAACUUGAAACUGCUGCAGAGAUUUGACCCUGGUGACCUUGACCCACUUUCAGCACGAACUGUGACCAAUGACUGCAUUGGUUUUUUUAUUGCAAAAUUUGUCAAAACAGAAUCUGUGAGGUGAUGGUGAUUUUGACUAGAUAAUAUUUUUUUAGAGACAAGGCUGUCAGUUUUUGUUUUUAAGAUUUGAUGGGGCUGUCACACACUGUCAAAAAAUUUGUAUUUUCAUAAUGAAUAUUACUAUAUUUGGACAUAUAAGAAGGUAAAUGUAGAGCAAUUUAUCAUUCAGCUAAACGGGAACUGGCUGAAUUCUGUAUACAGUUCUUCAAAGAGGAAUGUAUAAAGUUCUUCAAAGAGGAAUGUUGUUAAUCACUUUGGAAAGUUGAUGCCAAAAUGGCAGCUUCUAUCAUCAAAUUUUACUGGAGAGUCUAUUUAGUAAUGCUGCCUGAUGUUUCAUAUAUCUCUAAAAAGAAAAACUUGUCAUCUCACAAAGUUUUGUGCUACUUGAAGGUGCUUAAUACAUAUGAUGCAAAAAUAUUUAAAGUUACUGUUCUGCUCCGGCCUCUCAACCUGGCAAGAUAUAUGUAUACUUACUUUACAAAAAGAAGUCGAAUAAAAAUAACACCAUGCUCAUUA